UGGAGGGGUCUUAAAGUGAAAUCAAAUGCAAGUGCAGAUAAUUAGACAUUACCGAUCUACCGAUCUACUGUACUAUGUACUAACACUAUAACAAUACUUACGCCUAAGUCUAAAAGCAGAAUUAAUGAGUAAUCUGAUGAUAGUUGUAUAUAAGUAACACACACACACACACACACACACGCCCUAUAUAUGCCUAUAUUUAUCAGGACACACAAUAAUUAAAACGUAAUUCAAGCAAUCGAAGUCAGACGGAAAUAAAUACCAUGGACGAAGGGGGAUACAAAAAAUGAAUUAAAAAACAAAAAAAGGAAACGCAAAAAAAAAAAAAAAAGGAUUAAGAAAAAAACCAAAAAACAUGUUACAAAAACAAGUGAAAUCUAACAAAUAAAAAAAGGAAAGAAAAGAAAAGAAAGCUACGCCCGUUUCUUGGCCUUGUUUUGUCAAUAGUUUGGUUUUUUUUUUGCUUAGUUUUUGCCUGGUACCGCCCCAUAAAUCCGUGGGCUCCUUACCUAGACCAACUGACAAUUGCCUGGGGAUUGUCAACGCCUUGGAAACUGAUGGAAAGUGCCCGCGUUUGUUGAUUUCUUCUUCGCUCUUGUUUUUCUUUGUUUUGGCCCAAGGGCCGAGGGACACGGUUUAACGCUCCUGCGUGGAGUUAAUCGGGCAAUCAAAACAACUGAAACAACCACAACAAUUGCACCCGAGGAGCCAGUAAAACAUGGGCAAGGCGGGCGCCGGCAAGGGUCGUUCGCCAACACCGACACCCAAUCGCGAUGGUGGGGCUGCGGCAACGGCAACAGCAACGUCAACGGCUGGUGGUGCUGCAGCGGCACCCACAGCAACUGGAGCCGCCGCUGGCGUCGGCAGAUCCACACUACAUGCCAACAAAACGAUACUGAAAACGGUAUCCGUGUUCCUAGCCAGCGGCAAGCGCAACUCGAGCAACCAACAGUCGAAGGCCGCCGCGGCUGCUUUGCAGAACAAACGGCAACAGCGGCAACGGAGGAUGGAUGAGCUGAGCGGCAAAGUGAAUCCCAAGCUGCUGGACAGUCUGCGCAAGAAGACGCGCUUCACCAAGGACGAACUGGACGCCUUGUGCCGGAUCUAUCGCAAGCUGGUGUCCAAUUGUCAGUAUGCGGCCAAAACGCUGGCCUCCAGCUCCUCGAGUGCAGCGAUUGCCAAGCCACAUGCCGCUGUGGAGGGCAUCGACCGCAUUGUGUUCCGUGAGCUGCUGCACAGCACCUUUGACAUCGUCACCGAGGAAAUCCUUAUGGAGCGCAUCUUUUGCAGCUGGGACAAGGCCCACGAGGGAUUGCCCCUUCGUCUCGAGGGCUGGCUAAUUGGUCUGUCCACAUUUCUGCGAGGUACUCCGACGGAACGGGCAGCCUUUUGCUUUCGGGUUUACGAUCUAAACACCGAUGGCUUCAUAACCAAGGACGAAAUGUUCACGCUGCUGAGGAACUGCUUGAUAAAGCAGCCACAGGACGAAGAUCCGGACGAGGGUGUCAAGGAUCUAGUGGAGAUUGUGCUCAAGAAGUUCGACCUGGACAAAGAUGGCAAGGUAUCCAUGGACGACUUCAUGGGCACGGUCACAGCCGAACCCUUGCUAAUCGAGGCCUUUGGGCAGUGUCUUCCGACGGACAGCGCCGUGGUUUCCUUUUUCUCAACCCUGCAGGUGUGAUCUGCAACUGGUACUUAAUAUCUUUGAAUUUGUUAUAACUAUCAGCUAUUAAAUAUAAUAAAAGAAAG